AUGGGAGCCCCAAUCUUGAAUCUGCCAAUGGAGAUUCUUCUCCGGACCGCUGAACUCACCUGGUAUUCGGGCCCCUGGUGGCAAAGACCGACUAGAGAUCACGCAGCCCUCGUUCGAACAUGCCGUGGCCUGUAUCAAGCUUUGAAUGCAGCUCUGUAUAGGAAAAAUAUCAGGUCAGAUUUCACUGUGGAGCCUUGUAUCAUUUGGGCAGUCUGCAAGGGCCGUCUUGAUACUAUCAAGCGCGCCCAUAUGAAUGGAGCAGACCUAGUCUUGCAUGGGAACUUGGAGAUAAUCGACUAUCUUCUCCAUCAUGGCGCCAAUGUCCAUGAACCAAGCUUUGGACUCUGCAUAUGCCCAAAGGCAUACGGUGACAGGACCUUCCAAGCUCAGUACCCUCUCCAUUUCCUCUUUUGCCAUGGGGAUCACCCGAGACGUCUUGAGAUACUAGAAAAGUUUAUAUCCAAAGGGGCCUAUCUAGUGGCAGAAAAAACAUCUGCCAUCCCUCAGCUUGCCAAAAUCACCGGAGGUCAUCUCCUUGAAAGACUCGUCAUGAAGAAGGAUAAAGAUUCGCUUGCAGGGCUACUCAACCUUGCCGUCCAAAUGCAAGAUUUCUCCUCGGUAAUCCAGAUAUGCGAGAGUGCUCGCAAUAACAACAUCACUAGAGCUAGAGACUGGGAGGGACGAAUUGCCUUGCACUUAGCUGUAAAUUCAUUCGACUGGAAAGAGGAAAUCGUCAGAUUUCUUCUUCAGAACAAUCACGCAUCAAUCUUUCAAAAGGACCACAGUGGAAGAACACCUCUACACUAUGCGGCCAUGUCCAUUUGCAGUCCCGAAUUGGUGGGCCUCCUGUUGCAAUACCGGGACUCCUCAGAUAACAGAGCCGCUGCCCACUUCCAGCUGAUGUUUUACAAGAUCUGCAACCUACGCCACGAGACCAUAAUCCGUGUCGUUAUUGCCCAGCAGCUGAUUAAUGUUUGGCUCAAACCUCUCAACGACAUUAGUGCCUAUAAUCACCCGCUCAACUUUGCCUUGCGAACAACUAGCUGGCGCAUAGCGUUGAGGCUCGUUAGAGACGGCAUCGAUCUCCCUAGUUGGGCUUCUCAUUUUCCAAAGCGGGGGGCCGAUGCCAUCUGGCCUUCCCUCAUCGCCUGUCUCUCGAGCUUUCAUCCCGAACAAACAGAAUUCGUUCGCGCUAUAGCGCGCACGGGGUGUUAUCCGAACUUCCCAGGCUUCCCCUUGAGGCCUGAACUGUGGCCAGUCUUUCUUGUAAUCGUACGCUCCCAAAACAUCGAUUGCUUGAAAGUUUUACUCGACGCCGGAGCUUCAGUCAAGAUCGAGGUCAAGGCUAAGGCAGACACUUUCGGCUCGGAGUAUCCCAGUUACACAGGAAUUCUACUUGCAAUCUUUAGCGAGGUAUUUGGCUGCCCUUUGCAGGAGUCUCCAAAUCUUGAAAAGCUGGGCCAAUUUCGUGAUUUCAUCGUCUUGCUUCUGGAAAGAGGCGCGCCCAUAGGACGUAACUGGGAAGUUGAGCGGUUCUGGUACCCGAUCACAGCUUUGGACUAUGCCAUUACAGCCGCGCGCUUUGGAUGUUUUGAUCUCCUGCACUUGAUGUCCAAUCACGCAACGGAGACCAGGAUAUGCCAGAAAGAAAUCUCUGCAAGUUUUGCCAGACAACUUAAUUGGAUGCAAAACGAAAGCAGCUCAUAUCGACUCUUGAAAGAGUACCAGGGUCGACUUCAGACUCGGCUCGGCUUAAACUAG